UAUCUUCUCUCGCUCGAAGUUCUACGGGUUACUGGUAUAUGCUUGCAACCCUUCAUUCCAGAGGCUGCGCGGAAUCUAUUGGAUGCAUUGGGUGUUCCGAAGGCAGAGCGGAACAUGGAUGCUGCAGCUUUGGGUAAGGGCAGGGUCGGGGAAGUGAAGGGUGUGAAACUUUUUGAGGGCAAGAGAGAGAUAGCCAGCGGGGGUCAAUAAUUGUCUGCUGUGUAAAGCCAAGAACACGUGUUCGUCUACAUGAGUGAGAGUACGCGUGCGCGCUCGAUGCCAUCACAGUGCACACCCCAUCUACGAAUGCCGUCGUACGGAAGGCUCCGGAGCUCGAAAAGUUUCUUUCGAACAAUAUCGUGAUGACCACUUCUCUGCUCGUUCCCCAACACGUUGCAUAUAUCAGAGCUCUUGGAGAUAGCAAACAUGAGCUGUCCUAUCAUCUCUCGGCUCACCUAAAGAUAAACGCAGUAUACUGGUCCCUGACUGCUCUUUUGAUCAUGGGACGUGGGGACGCGUUGGAUCGCGAUGAGAUGAUAGAAUUCGUUAUGAGCUGCUGGGAUGAAGAGGCAGGUGCUUUUAGCGCUCAUCCUGAUCAUGACGCACACCUGCGUUCUACUCUCAGCGCAAUACAAAUUUUGUUGAUGCAGAAUGCGCUCAAUAGAGUUGAUGUUGACCGUGUUGUGAACUACAUCUUAUCUUUGCAGCAACCUUCCGGAAGUUUCGCAGGCGAUGCCUUUGGCGAAACUGACACGCGUUUUUUGUAUUGUGCAGUCAAUGCUCUCUCGCUUCUCGGCAAGCUUGAUAAGCUGGACGUUGAGAAAACGGUCGCUUAUAUCAGGCGUUGCAGGAAUUUCGAUGGUGGAUUUGGAGCUGUUGCAGGUGCAGAAAGCCAUGCUUCACGAGUAUUUGUUUGCGUUGCGGCACUCGCUAUUCUGGACAGAUUGGAUGAGGUCGAUCAGCCGACCCUGUAUUGGUGGUUAUCGGAGCGACAACUUCCGAAUGGAGGACUUAACGGACGCCCUGAAAAACUGGAGGAUAUUUGUUAUAGCUUCUGGGUGUCAUCCGCCCUUUCUAUCCUUGAUAAGCUUACAUGGAUAGACUCAAGUGAACUGGAAGCAUUCAUUCUCUCUGCGCAAGCCGAGUCAGGAGGUAUUGCCGACCGCCCGGGCGAUAGGCCUGAUGUCUUCCAUACAAUAUUUGGCUUGGCCGGUCUGUCAUUAUUGGGAUACCCGGCACUAGUGGACCUUGACCCAGUGUACUGCAUGCCUGCGAGUAUCAUUGAAAAUCUGGGUCUCAGGAAGGGGUGGAAGGCUUUGCAGAGAAGAACUUCAUGA